AUGUGGCAAAAAUACACUCACACUUUGGGCUCUAAGAGUUUUGCUCGGGUGCGAGAAGAUGAGAGGAAAAAAAGAACUAAUGGGGAAGAACCAUCUGAGAUUGAUAUGUUUGUCUUAACUCGUAAAAGAAAGGAUGGUACAAUGAAACUUGAUGAAGAAACAAAGGUUGAAUUGGAGCAAUUGACAUCCCAAUCACAUGAUACACCUAAGAGUAGUAAUGCUAGGGAAAACUUCAUCAAAAAAAUAUUUAAACCCCAUCCUGGACGAGCACCUCUCCAUGGAAAAGGUGUCACUCUAUCUGAUUUGAGAGAAAAAUCAACAACUCAAGCAUCCAAUGAAGUUCUUCAAGAAUUAGCUGCAAGGGAAAAGAAGGCGAUCGAGAUGGAGGAAAAGUUUGAAAGGAUGAUGCUUGGCUUAAAGAGCAUUGUGGCACAAAUUCAGCACACUUACCCUGGAGUUGAAAUACCUCCAGAGAUGAUGGAAAGUCCUUUGGCUAAUAGACACCAACCUCCGGAUGCUGGAAGUGCUCCUCGAGUAGAUUGACAGCAUUCAUCUACAUCAACACAUAGUCCUAGAGAGGUGAUACAAUUUUCUGCUUUAAUAGUGUUUGAAUGAACUCAAAAUACAUGACAGAGGACAUGCUUC